GGCCGUAUCAUGUGCCCGUGCUGGUCGUAGUGCCGUGUAUUUGUAUUAUAAUCACCGCCGCCGUCGUUACUCGUCAUGUUGUCGACCGUUCGUCAGCUUUGCCGCCUCCGUAGCAGCGGCAGCCUCAGCCGCCUGUGAACAGUGACCUAACUCGCGCGCGCACCCACUCAUCUACCCGAGUACUCGACCACACACGCACGCCCGCAUGUCAGACAUGACUUAGGCGGUCACCGGUGUGUACGCUCGUGCCCGACAAGUGACCGGUCAGAGCCAGGUCGGGUGGUAUAUCGUUGUGGAGUGACCGACCAGCCGGUGGCAUCGAGUCCCAGCCUCAGGACACCCGCCGCCAUGGCCGUCGAGAUUUCGGUUACCCUGUCCCGACCGGAAAUGCCCUCGGGCCUGGGAUUUUCCUUACUCGGUAUCGCCGACUGCCCGCCAGUCAUCUACGACAUCAUUGAGAACACGCCAGCUGCCGAAUGCGCUCAGAUUGAAGUUGGCGAUGUUAUCAUAAAGAUAAAUAAUGAAGAUGUGCAAACAUGUACAAUAAAAGAAGUAUUAAAAUGUUUGAGAUUAGCACAAAACCCCAUUAUUUUGAAACUAGUCAGAGAUCCUGCUAUUAAAAAUAAAGUGCAUGAUAAACUGGCUGAAGAUGGAAACUCCCCUCAAUUACUGCUUCGUGAUAUAGAUUCCCCACCACCUCCACCACAACAUCAUCCUCCACCAUUAGAAAUGGUUACUAGAACAAAUACAAAUAAAGCUGAAGCUCCUAAAUAUGAAGCAUUUAUGAUGACUGGUGAGAGAGUUAUCAAAAUGUCUAAAAAUAGUCAGGUAUCUUUAUUACCAAAGAGGGAUCGAAAAGUUGAUUGUUUGGUAAAAAAUGGUGGCCCAAAAAAAUUCCAAAAAGUAAAUUCUAAUUCUGUUCCUAGUAGUCCUGUUGAAAAUGACCGACCAAACAUUGCAAAACCUAAUUCUGGAAAUACAUCGCCAGUUUCUCCUCCUCCUACAAAUAUGUCCAACUAUAAACGUGGCUCUCGUUCAGAAGAUCCUUUACGUUCAAAUUCUGAGUAUCCAAUGUCUUCUACUACCAGUAUUGAUACUGAAGACGAAGAUAUUACAUCUUCUUGUAAUACUUUAUUAAAUACUAAUUUAAAACCACUUGAAAUGGAAGACAAGAGAGUGUUAUGGACAUAUAAUGCUGGUCAUGUUCCUGAUGAAACAUCAGCUUCUUGCAAUUCCCUCCAAAAAGUUUUAUCACCUACAUCACCGACAUCCAUAUCCUCAUCAAUAAUGUCAUCACCAUCUGACCGACGACGACCUGUCAAAGGAUCUUUCCGUGGCAACAGUCAUCCAACUAGCAGUCAUUCAAAUAUAUCAAGUCCGGACUUCCAAGAUACUGCAGAUUCAGAUUUCUUAAUUAACUCACGUGAAUUAGAAGUGACAGAUCCAAGUGACAGCGAUUCAACUAUUGUAGCGAGUGAACCAAAGAUUAGAAAGCGAUCUACAGAAGGACAGUAUACAUAUUAUGAUAAUCACACAGACCAUCGAAUUGUCAUACAGGUAAAAGGUCCAGAAAAAACAAAUUUGGUUAAAGACAGUGAAAAUAACAAUAGAUAUUACAAUGACAAGGAAAACAUGAGUGAUAAUAAAGAUCAAGAUUUUAAAGAUGAAGAAGAAGUUCAACAUUUAUUAGCUUUAAUGGAAGGUGCAGCUCAGUUGGCUAAUUCUGUUACCAAUAAUGAUGAGCACUGGACACAAAAUGAAGAUUUUGAUUCUGAUAGUUUACAUAGUUUUCAUUAUUCGCCUAAAGCUGUGGAUAUGCCCUCGGCAGUAAGACUAGCAAAACGUUUAUUUUAUUUAGAAGGAUUCAAAAAAAGUGAUGUAUCUCGACAUCUAAGUAAAAAUAAUGAGUUCAGUAGAGCAGUUGCCGAAGAAUAUUUAAAAUAUUUUGAUUUUAAAGGAAAUUCAUUAGAUUUGGCAUUAAGGCAUUUUUUGAAACAAUUUAGUUUGACUGGAGAAACUCAAGAAAGAGAAAGGGUAUUAGUUCAUUUUUCAAAACGAUUCUUGGACUGCAAUCCUCAAUGUUUCAACUCUCAAGAUGCUGUUCAUACAUUAACUUGUGCCAUUAUGCUAUUAAAUACUGAUUUACAUGGUCAAAUGAUUGGACGUAAAAUGACAUGUAAUGAAUUUAUUGAAAACCUGGCUGGUUUAAAUGAUAAUGAACAUUUUCCACGUGACGUACUUAAAUCAUUGUAUAUGGCUAUCAAGUCUAAUCCUCUUGAAUGGGCCAGUGAUGAUGAUUUGGAUGAAAAUCAACUAAAAAAUGCAAUUGCUAGUCAACCAAUUGAUGGUCUUGGAAAUAAAAUUUCUGGCCAAAUAGGCAAAAGUGGAGGAAGUUAUGAUGAAAAUGUCAUGACUCAAGCUUUAGAGUAUAAAAAAGGAUAUGUAAUGAGAAAAUGUUGCAUGGAAGCCAAUGGAAAAAAAACUGCAAGAGGAAAACGUAGUUGGAAAAUGUACUAUUGCACAUUACGUGAUCUAAUUCUUUAUUUACAUAAAGAUGAUUCUGGAUUUAGAAAAUCUCAAAUUAGUGAUAGUAUUCAUAAUGCAAUACAUAUACAUCACGGCUUAGCUACUAAAGCUACAGACUACACAAAAAAACAACAUGUGUUUAGACUAGUUACUGCAGAUCAAGCAGAAUAUUUGUUUCAAACCAGUGAUUCUAAAGAAUUGGAUUCAUGGAUAAAUACAAUUAAUUUUGUAUGUGCUAGUUUUUCUGCCCCACGAUUGCCAAGUGCUGUUGGAAAUCAGAAAAAAUUCCAAAGGCCAUUAUUACCAUCAGCUCCAACAAAAUUAAAUUUGCGAGAACAACUUCGUGAGCAUGAAGAUACUUUGCGACAACUAGAAUUAGAGCUUGAUGCCCAUAAAAAGAAACCCCCAGAACGUGGAACUAAAAAUAUUACAUUACAAUUUUAUAAAGAAAAAGAAUCACAUUUAUUAGAAGAAUUAAAGCGUUAUAAAACAUAUGUCUACUUGUUAAGAUCUAAAAUGAUUCAACACUCAGAGUAUGACUCAAGUACUGCGUUAAUGGAGACUGAUGAUGAAACAGAAGUGGUAUCUGUUAAUGAACAAAACAGUUCAUUACCUUCUUCAAACAGGAGUAUCGAUGCUUGAAGCUGCAAAAUAUGCCACUGGACUUCCAAGACAUUGUCACCUGGCUGUGUAGUUAAUAUUUUUUGUUUUUUUUUUAUUAUUAUUUUUCUUAACACUGGAUAUUACUGAUCCCUAAUCAAAAGUAUGCAAAUGAAUUCCGAACAAUAUAUAUAUUUAGCUCUAAACAUUAUUUAAAUUUAUUUUAUUUGACACCUCUAUUUUA